ACUCUGGGGGCAGGGGGGCCACUGCCCCAAGAAGCCUCUCCGGCGAUGGAAGCCGCCCGCCUGCUGCCCAACUUCACUCUGUGCCUGCAGCUACUGAUUCUCUGCUGUCAAACUCAGGGGGAGAAUCACCCGUCUCCUAAUUUUAACCAGUACGUGAGGGACCAGGGCGCCAUGACCGACCAGCUGAGCCGGCGGCAGAUCCGUGAGUACCAGCUCUACAGCCGGACCAGCGGCAAGCACGUGCAGGUGACCGGGCGUCGCAUCUCCGCCACCGCUGAAGACGGCAACAAGUUCGCCAAGCUCAUAGUGGAGACGGACACCUUUGGGAGCCGGGUGCGCAUCAAGGGGGCUGAGAGCGAGAAAUACAUCUGCAUGAACAAGAGGGGCAAGCUCAUCGGGAAGCCCAGCGGGAAAAGCAAAGACUGCGUGUUCACGGAGAUUGUGCUGGAGAACAAUUACACGGCCUUCCAGAACGCCCGGCACGAGGGCUGGUUCAUGGCCUUCACGCGGCAGGGCCGGCCGCGCCAGGCCUCCCGCAGCCGCCAGAACCAGCGGGAGGCCCACUUCAUCAAGCGCCUGUACGAGGGCCAGCUGCCUUUCCCCAACCAGGUCGAGAGGCAGAAGCAGUUCGAGUUCGUGGGCUCGGCCCCCACCCGCCGGACCAAGCGCACGCGGAGGCCUCAGCCCCGGACGUAGUCAGGGACACCGGGGUGGCAGCUGUCCCUCCUCAGCCUUCCCGUCCCCUCCCCUUCCUGAUCCAAAGAUGGGGCUGGGGUGGAGGGAGGGAAGCCGGAGCCCCCAGGAGGUCCCGAGGACCAACAAGCAUCAGCGCCCAGGCUGCCCAAGCUGGACGGGCCUCAGGCCGCCUCCUGGACCCCUCCAGGGCCGCUGGCAUGGGCCCAGGGGUGUGGCGGGCCCAGGAGAGACGCUGUAGUGUCCCCCCACCCCCACCCCGACGACACAGACUCACUGGGCCGAGGGGGAGGGCAGCAGGUUCAAGGCCUUGCAGAC